GUUUUCCAGCCCUACUCAGAGUUUAGUGUUGGAAAAGACAUCCACCCCCACAAAGGCGAUUUGUUUAUAAACGCUAUUUAUUUACAUAUUUUUAUAAAAAUGGACGAAAUACUCUUUCCCACCCAACAAAAAAGCAGUUCACACAGCGACACCGACGAUGGGGAUUUAAAAUUCUUCAACACGGGCUCCGGAGAGAGGAAAGAUAGCGACACCUCGGAUACUGCCAUUGACACGGAGCGGGAAAUUAAAGAGGAACCAGACACCGAUGGUGACACAAAAAACAUAGACGGUGAUGGAGACCCCGAAGAACCUUCCCAAAAAAAGAUCAAGACCAAAAAAGAGCUGGAGGAGGAGGAAAGAGAGAGGAUGCAGGUUCUCGUGUCCAACUUCACGGAGGAGCAACUAGAUAGAUACGAAAUGUACCGACGGUCAGCAUUUCCCAAGGCUGCCGUCAAACGGUUAAUGCAGACCAUUACCGGCUGUUCCGUCUCCCAGAAUGUGGUAAUCGCCAUGUCGGGUAUUGCCAAAGUGUUUGUGGGCGAGGUGGUGGAGGAGGCACUGGACGUCAUGGAGUCCCAAGGGGAAUCCGGUGCUCUACAUCCCAAGUUCAUUCGGGAGGCUGUUCGAAGGCUGAGGACCAAGGGCCGUAUGCCCAUCGGACGCUACCAGCAGCCCUAUUUCAGAUUGGCCUAAAGUCUGUGGAAUAAUUUAGGACCAAGGGCCGUAUGCCCAUCGGACGCUACCAGCAGCCCUUUUUCAGACUACCCUGAAGUCUGUGGAAUAAAUUAGUUUUUAAGAAAAAAGUGUAUGUACAAUUUUAAUUCAAAAAGUUAUAUAAUCAUUGCAAUAAUAUGUUUUAUAAUUAAAAAAUAAAUCAUAAGAAGAAUUCU